GGGGGGGGGGGUGCCUGGAUAGUGAGGCUGCGUGGGCCCGACUGCCGGCUGGAGGACAUCAGUCUCCAGGCUACUUAAUAUCCUGAGUGGAACCCCUGUUUGGCUCAGUUUGACCAGGUAAACCUUGAGCUGCACACCAGCCUUGGCCUCACCGUCCUGGUAUCCGUGGUCACCAUGAAGCGGCUGCACCCAGCCCUCCCUAGCUGCCUUCUGUUGGUGCUGUUUGGUAUAUGGAGAACUGCCCCCCAGACUCAUGCCUCGUCUGCUGGCCUGCCACCCCUCAGUGCCACCUCCUUCCUGGAAGAUCUCAUGGAUCGCUAUGGAAAGAAUGACAGCCUUACCCUGACACAGCUGAAGUCCCUGCUGGACCACCUGCAUGUGGGAGUGGGCCGGGAUAAUGUUUCCCAUCCCAAGGAAGGACCCAGGAACCUCUCCACGUGCUUUAGCUCUAGAGCCCUCUUUGUGGCCCACAACUUGAGCGAGCGAUCUCAGAUCGGGAUGAGUGAGUUCCAGGAGUUCUGCCCCACCAUCCUCCAGCAGCUGGAUUCCCAGGCCUGCACCUCAGAAAACCAGAAGUCUGAGGAAAAUGAACAGACAGAGGAGGGGAAGCCAAGUGCCAUUGAAGUAUGGGGGUACGGUUUCCUCUGCGUUACCGUCAUCUCCCUCUGCUCCCUCAUGGGGGCCAGCGUGGUGCCCUUCAUGAAGAAGACUUUUUACAAGAGGCUGCUGCUCUACUUCAUAGCCUUGGCGAUUGGAACCCUCUACUCCAACGCCCUCUUCCAGCUCAUCCCAGAGGCUUUUGGCUUCAACCCUCAGGACAAUUAUGUCUCCAAGUCUGCAGUAGUGUUUGGGGGUUUCUACCUUUUCUUUUUCACAGAAAAGAUCCUGAAGAUGCUCCUGAAGCAGAAAAACGAGCACCAUCAUGGCCAUAACCAUUUUACCUCCGAGACACUUCCUUCCAAGAAGGACCAGGAGGAGGGUGUGACGGAGAAGCUACAGAACGGGGACCUGGAUCACAUGAUCCCUCAGCACUGCAGCGGCGAGCUGGAUGGCAAGGUGCCUGGCACGGACGAGAAGGUCAUCGUCAACUCCAUGUCUGUGCAGGACCUGCAGGCGUCCCAGAGUGCUUGCUACUGGCUCAAGGGGGUCCGCUACUCUGAUAUCGGGACCUUGGCCUGGAUGAUCACCCUGAGCGACGGGCUCCACAAUUUCAUCGAUGGCCUGGCUAUUGGUGCCUCCUUCACUGUGUCUGUCUUCCAAGGCAUCAGCACGUCAGUGGCCAUUCUCUGUGAGGAAUUCCCUCACGAGCUGGGAGACUUUGUCAUCCUGCUCAAUGCUGGCAUGAGCAUCCAGCAGGCUCUCUUCUUCAACUUCCUCUCUGCCUGCUGCUGCUAUUUGGGUCUGGCCUUUGGCAUCCUGGCUGGCAGCCACUUCUCUGCAAACUGGAUUUUUGCGCUGGCUGGAGGAAUGUUCUUGUAUAUUGCCCUAGCCGAUAUGUUCCCUGAGAUGAAUGAAGUCUGCCAGGAGGACGAGAAGAAAGACAGCUUUUUGGUCCCCUUUGUCAUCCAGAAUCUUGGCCUCCUAACCGGCUUCUCCAUUAUGCUGGUCCUCACAAUGUAUUCAGGGCAGAUUCAGAUCGGGUAGGACCCUGCCAGUGGGAAGCCAGUGGCAUUGGACAUCGGGCUCUGGGCCCCCAUCUGGUCCCUGGCCCGAGGACUCAGCAUCCACGAAGCAUCAUGGGAAAGGCAGCUCUUUAAACCCUGGCACAAACUGUCUGCCUGCAUGCAGACAUCAGCUGUCUCAAAUGCUCUGUCCUAGGAAGAAGCUGCCCUGGGAAUCUCUAGAUAGUGCCUCGAACCGUUGUCUCCUGACCCUUUCCACUGAUGGUUCUGGAACUGAAAUGCCACAUGUAGGACAUGCUUCCCUUUUCCUUCUGGUCACCCUCCUCCCUUUCUCUUGGAAGAAGCACUGAGAGAUGUGGAAUCUUUUGCAAUGUAAAAACGAAGCCAGUGGUCAUGGUUUGAUUAGAAAUAUCAGUGUGACUCCCAGCUUUGGGGCCUGUGAUUCUAAAUGUGUGUACCCAGGAUUUCAGGUCGGUCCAUCUUGGCAUGGGUUCUCAUGUUUUUACAGAGAAGAGGGCAGAAGACAAGGCUCCUGUGUUUUUCAGUCUGUUAACUCUUCUCUGAUGAGUGUGGCAGGCAGAGGGGCAGAGGAUUGCCUGAGUGAGGAGGAUGUAGAACAAGUGAUGGAUGUCCUGUCUCCGUGAUACUAGGUUUCCACCAGGAUGCUGUGUGCGUGUUGCUUGCAGCAUCUGGAGUCACACAAUCAUCCAGGGAGCCACUGUGGACAUUCUCUGGAGUGGCAGGAGGUCCGCUGAAUCAGUUGGUUUUGCCCUGAUCCUCACGCCUUCCUAUUGGCUUCCUUUGUCUAGUUAACUUUGUAGAUGCCUCACUAGGAUGCCUCACAGUCAGAGCACAUUUAAAGGUGUUUGCAUUAGGAAGGAAACUGCACAAAUCAAUCUCCCCUGGUCAAGACCUCUGUCCAGUAGAACCUGACUUAUAAAACCGGCACACAGUUGUUUAUGCCUUUUUAUGACCAAGGUAAUUGGGAAUGGAGUCAUUGCAGGCCAGACUUAGGACUUGCUAAUUGCAGAAAUAAUAGUUGAAUAUCAUGGGACUCUGGACCUUGAGGUCAAAUCUUGAGGUCAGGACUGCAGAUGUCAUUGCUGCCGAUGGAUUUUAAAGGACACUGUCUAGCUACCACUUCCUUUCCAGUCCCAGACAACAAGAUUGAAUACUGAAAAAAAAAAAACAGAUGCUUGACAUUUCACACCACAAGCCAGCCUCAGGCGCUGUGCAGCCCCCUCCUCAGAACUCUGGCUUCCAGGGGAGCUAAUCUCCAGGUUCACUAAGUGAAUUAAUUUUUUAUUAUCAUAUUGAUACAUGGAUCCCUUAGCCACUUUGGGGAGCCAGUCUCUCCCGGAGCCUUUCUUAGUGGUGCCCACAGUCACAGCCCAGGAGCCAUUGUUUGCAUGACUUAGAGUACUGAAUCAUUGCCAAUGCCGGAGUCUUUCUGUUCUUACCACAGGAAAACUGUCCAUUAAAAGCAGCAUAUAUAUAUAUAUAUAUAUAUAUAUAUAUAUAUAUAUAUAUAUAUAUGCUUGUAUGUGUGUGUGUUCAUUCUUGUUUUUCUUGGGGAAACAUGCUUGAAACCAGGAAUCCUGAGAACACAACUGGGGAAAACAUAGAAAUUUGCUCAGUUUCUCUCCCUGGUCUUGCCUCUUACCUUUGAGAAAAGGCAGCAGGAAGAGGAACCUUCAGCAAUCAAGGUACUAGAUUGAAAGUCAGGACCAGGUCCUGGUAGGCUUAGGGUCCAGUUUUACCAAAGAACCAGUCCCUUCAAUGUUAGAAGUUAAGCUUUAUGUUACCGUCAUGGUUGUUAGUGUUUGAAGGCCAGUCUCAUCUUCUCUGUUUUAUUUCUCCUACAACUGCUUCAGGAGGUAGCAGAAAUUGACACUCAAAAUGUAAGACUGAGCAGGCCAUGUGGCUCGUACCUGUAAUCUCAGCACCUAGGAGGCAGAGUCAGCAGGCUCAAGUUUUAUACCAGCCUGGGCUUCAUAGUGAAGAGCAGGCCAGUCUGGGCUACAUAGCAAGCUCCGGUGUCAGCAAAACAAAAUGAAGAUAAAAACGUAAAAUUUAAGAUUGUAGGUCUGAGGGUGUGGCUCAGUGGUAGCACUUUUUUUUGUCCAGUGUGUAUGUGACACCCUGAAUGUCAUUCCCAGCACCACCACAGCCCCUCCCCACAAAGGUUGAAAGAUUCUGCUUUACCUAGUUCAUGCAUUAUAUUUCUAACUUUAGAAGCUUCCCCAGAUCCUGUCCUUCCUUAAGUACCCUUCUGCUGGAGUAGGAUGGUGGCUUAGUUUGUUUAAAAGAGCUUAAAAAGAGUCUUAAACAUGAGAUAGAGUGUCUGCCAUGCACUCUUCCCAUGAACUCAAGAACUUUGAGGAAAUCCUGGGGCUUCUUCAGGGUGGAGGGCAGCAUCAGUCAGACGCAGGUGGGCGUGGGAGCCACGCUCCAGUCGUCCAGCUGAUUAUCCAUUGCUGUUGGCGACAGAUUUGCCCCAUGAGUUGAAAAUGUGGCCAUUGACCUUUUUUGACGUUUAAAUGUUGAACUUGCUGUUUUAAGCAUCUGUACAUAUAAGAGGUUGAAGGGGCUACAGGCCCUUAGCAGACACUUCUCCUCUGGCCUUACUGCCCAUAGCUUCUGUUCCCUGUUAACAUAGCAAGGAAAGUGCUUGUCACACAGAGGAGCCCUUGGGUUCUGUCACUGGAGCACCUCAUCUCUGACCUCACCUUCAGUCCUCCAUCCCUGCCCUCCAAUACUUAGGGUCUGCAGGGGGAGCACUCCCCGGUACCCUUCACCUGGGUUUUAAAAGGCUUCUCUCUCUGGACCACCUAGGAUCCAGUUUUAGUGAACCCUCUUCCAAAGAGAUGCAGAUAAGCUGGAUGAUUUUUUUGCAUAAAGAAAGAGGAUUUUACUCAUAGUUCCCUUUACAGUUCCAUCACAGUAUUUUUUUAAAUAACUCAGGUGUUAUGAGAAUUAGAAAAUAAAAUAAUUUAUGUCAUGUGAACUGUAAAUGUUUUAUUUGUAAGAUUCUAUGAAUAAAGCUAUAUUCUGUAA